UCAGGGGUGUUGAACCAAAAAGGGUAGAACAAGAAGCUGCGCUCUCACACGCGAUUCAGUGUCCAGAGUCGACGAAAAAGACAGAGGAAGAACAACGAGAGGCACCUGAACCUCUCUACACUUCCCUCCUCCAACUUCACCUUCUACUUCUUCUUCUUCUUCUCUGCAAUUCUGGUGGUGGUGGUGGUGGUGGUGGUCGCUUUCUACUGAGAUUCCUCCCAAUUGAUUCCAUGGUUGGUCACAAUUAUCCAUUUCUGCUCUAAACACAAACAAACAAGGACAAGAACAAGAUAGAGAAAGAUGAGUAGCGACGACGGGUCGGAUUCCAAUGGAUGGAACCGUGCUCGAGGGUUGGCGGUGAAGACUCUGCUACUCAUCGGCGGUGCUCUUCUCGUCAAACGCCUCCGCAAGUCCACCACCCGCUGGGACCAUGCUCGUUUCGUCUCUAACUCCCUCACCGGCGAAAAGUAUUCAAAGGAGCAAGCUUCCAGAGACCCAGAAAACUAUUUCAACAUUAGAAUGCUUACAUGCCCAGCAGCAGAGUUAGUAGAUGGUUCUAAGGUCCUGUAUUUUGAGCAGGCUUUUUGGAGGAGUCCACAAAAACCCUUUCGGCAGAGGUUUUAUAUGGUGAAACCUUGUCCAAAAGAGUUGAAAUGUGAUGUUGAGCAGUUAAGUACAUAUGCCAUUAGAGACAUGGAGGAAUACAAGAAUUUCUGUGAUCGACCAAAGGAUCAGCGUCCACAACCAGAAGAAGUCAUUGGGGAUAUUGCAGAACAUUUGACAACAAUACAUCUCAAGCGUUGCCCACGUGGAAAACGCUGCUUAUAUGAAGGUUCAACCCCACCUGGCGGAUUUCCUAAUUCAUGGCAGAAUGGAGCAACCUACUGUACAUCAGAACUUGCAGUUCUGAAGAACAAUGAGAUACAUACCUGGGAUAGAGGUUUUGAUGAUGACGGAAAUCAAGUUUGGGGACAAAAAGAUGGCCCUUACGAGUUCAAGCCUGCACCAACCUCCUGUUUUAAUGAUAUGUUAUCCCCCUUGAAUUUCCCCCCUCCACCAUCAAUGGAUAGAAGAAUAGAGGGUUCAUUCAUUUUGCAAGAUUGAAAUUAUUUUGCAUAUCCACAAUGUGUAAUUCUGCCACUUAGCUUUCUGUCUAUAUUGUCAAUAUUUGAUUUCAACCAAAAUAUUAAAAGCAAUGGCCAUUAAAGAGCUAGCUUAUUAUCUUUUA